AUGUCGACCCCAGAUAUCUCGCAGUUGGACUCUGCACAGCAGGAGGCUUUACAAACAUAUACUUCCGUGACAGAUCAAGACCCUAUCGCGGCGAUACCGCUUCUGCAGAGAUGCGAGUGGAAUGUACAGAUAGCCAUCGCUCGCUUCUUCGAUGGAGAACCGGCGGUUGAUCCGGUUGCCGAAGCACAGGCUGCUCUUCCUGCUGCUACCGCUCGACACACCUCGAACCUGCGGUACGAGUCUCUGCUGGCCGCGACGAGGCCUCCUGUCUCGCGACCGAGCCCGGAAGAUGUCGUUCAGCGAGUCGACACGAGCGCGGCCAUCGAGACACAGUACCGUCCGUCUUUCUUGUUUUCAAUCAUCUUCACUCCGGUCAACAUACUUUACCGGGUUUUCACCACAUUAUUCUCUCCCUUGGGCUUCCUAGUUCCUACCUCUUUGUCACGCAUAUUCAACCGUCUAGUUCAACAGCAGUCGAGACCAGCCCGAAGAGCCUUACCCCCCGCUGAAAACGCAAGACGGUUCAUUCGUGAAUUCAGCGAAGAAUAUGGAGAGAACAGCCUUCCGUUCCAAGAGUCGGGAUUCAAUUUGACCCUGGACAACGUAAAGAAAGAUUCGAAGUUUCUACUGGUGGUGUUGCUCUCUCCUAGUCACGACGAGAACCACAAUUGGGUGCAGGAAACUUUGAUGUCAACCCAGAUGAAAUCAUUCCUGGAUUCACAUAAAAAUGAACUUGUCCUCUGGGGUGGGAAUGUUCGAGACUCAGAAGCAUACCAGGUGUCUGCAAAUCUUCAAUGCACGAAAUUCCCUUUUGCCGCCUUAGUUUGCCAGACCACUGAGUCUGGUUCAUCUGCCAUGACUGUGGUGAUGCGCGCAGCUGGGCUGAUGUCUGCUUCCGAGCUUGUUGCCAAGUUGGGAGCGGCUUUGACUACGCAUCAGGCGCAGCUCGGGGCGACUCGUGCUCAGCGGGCUGAGCAAGAAGCUUCACGUAGUCUACGACAGGAGCAGGACUCUGCAUACGAACGCUCGCUAGCCCAAGAUCGUGAGAGAGCACGCCUAAGGCGGGAACAAGAAGAAGCGGCAGCUCGAGCAGAGCAGGAGGCACAGGAACGAUUGAGACUAAUCGAAGAAAGAAAGGAAAAGAUUGCUCAGUGGAAGCAGUGGCGUGCACAGUCAUUGCCGGACGAACCUGGUAUCGAUGCUAAAGAUGCCAUCAGAGUCAGUGUACGUAUGCCAUCUGGUGAACGAGUGAUUCGCAAGUUUCGGCCCGACGCUGAUCUUGAUGAACUCUAUGCAUUUGUCGAUUGUUAUGACAUAGUCAAGAGCAGAGAAUCUGGGCACGUUCAGAGCGACGUGGUUGAGCCAGAUCAUUAUGAUCACGUAUAUUCCUUCCGGUUGGUCUCGCCCAUGCCCAGGACAGUAUAUGAAUUGGGAACAGGAGGGUCAAUUGGGGAGCGCGUUGGCAGGGGCGCCAACUUGAUUGUCGAACCGAUAGAUGAAGAUGGUGAAGAUGGGGAUGAUCAAUGA